AGCAGUGGCAAGGUGAAAGGAACAAGAUGGGGUUCUGAGUAGAUGUGCCUUUAUUUACGGUCUUAAAGCACCUUAGAUUCAACUCGAACAUAGCUACAACUACGUUAUUUUGUCUUUGUAAAUCCCACGAAACGGAAGUUGAGUUUGUAGCGAUGGAGUGUUAUCUGAAGUGAAGAUUGAAGACGUGAUAGAACAUGGACGACUACUGCUAUGCUAAGAUGGCGACGUCCGCUAAAAGAGAACAUGAAAGAGAAUCAGCGCCACCAACUUCCAGCAAAUCACCAACGGAGAUAAAGACGAAAGAUGAAGACGUCCAGCAGCUGAUUGGUCAUCCAGAAGAACGUUCCACUCAGUCAGGAAGGAGCUCCACUUUGAAGCAGGAGACUCCACAGCCACCCCACAUUAAAAAGGAAGAGGAGGAACUCUGGAUCACUCAGGAGGGAGAGUGUCUGCAAGAAUCCGAUCUCACCAAGUUGCCACUGACUGUUGUCUCUGUGAAGACUGAAGAUGAUGAAGAGAAACCACAAGUAGACAACCUCUUAGCUCCACUAUCAGAUAGUGAGGCUGAAGACGAGGUUGAAGAACCUUUAAGCAGCGAUACAGACUGUGAAGGUGAUAUGAGGACUCACUCAGACAACAAACACUCUAAACGCUCUAAAAAGAAGAGAGACAUCCAGGAGCUAAAUGGUCAUCCAGAAGAAGAAGUUCUACCUCUGUCAGGGGGGAGCUCCACUUUGAAGCAGGAAUCUCCACAGCCACCACACAUUAAAAAGGAAGAGGAGGAACUCUGGAUCACUCAGGAGGGAGAGUGUCUUCUAGGACCACAGGAGGCUGAUCUCACCAAGUUGCCACUGACUGUUGUCUCUGUGAAGACUGAUGAUGAUGAAGAGAAACCACAACUAGACAACCUCUUAGCUCCACUAUCAGAUAGUGAGGCUGAAGAUGAGGUUGAAGUACCUUUGAGCAGCGAUACAGACUGUGAAGGUGAUAUGAGGACUCACACUGACAACAAACACUCUAAAAAGAAGCGAGGUAAAACGUGUUUGAACUGCUCAGUUUGUGGAACAAUAUAUACUAAAAAGAGCUAUUUGACCGAACAUAUGAGAACGCACACAGGAGAAAAACCAUUUAACUGUUCAGUUUGCGAUAAAAGGUUUUCUAGAAAGAGGCAUGUGAUUCGUCACAUGACAACACAUGCAGAAAAACAAUGUUGUUGCUUUGUUUGUGAUAAAAGAUUUUUUUUCAGUCAAAGUUUGACUAGACAUAUGAGAACACACACCGGAGAAAAACCAUUUAAUUGUUCAGUCUGUGGUAAAAGCUUUUCUCAAAAUAGCCAUUUGACUCAACACGCAAGAACACACACAGGAGAAAAACCAUUCAAUUGUUCAGUUUGCGGUAAAAGUUUUUCUCAAGGCGGCUAUUUAAGUGAACACAUGAGAACACACACAGGAGAAAAGCUAUUUAAUUGUUCAGUUUGUGGUAGAAGCUUUACCCAAAAGAUUCCUUUGACCAAACACAUGAGAACGCACACAGGAGAAAAACCAUUUAAUUGUUCAGUUUGUGGCAGAAGCUUUUCUCAAAAGAGCAAUUUGACUAAACACAUGAGAACACACACAGGAGAAAAACCAUAUAAUUGUCCAGAUUGCGGUAGAAGCUUUUCUCAAAAGAACACUCUGACUGAACACAUGAGAACACACACAGGGGAGAAACCAUUCAGUUGUAUAGUUUGUGGCAAAAGCUUUACUAAAAAAGUUUGUUUUACCAAACACAUGAAAACGCACACAGGAGAAAAAAACACUUGAUUGUUCCUUUUCAAGAGAGAAAUCUCACUCAAAACAUAAAACGCACUAGACAUAAUCCAUUUAUUUGAUCAAUAUGUGAUCAAAGGUUUUAUUUCAUUGCAAAGUUAGACCCAACACAUAAUGAAACCCACUGAAGAAAACCAUAUAGACUUAGACAAACUUUAAUGAUCCACAAGGGAAAUUGUUCCACACAGUAGCUCAGUUACUAAAGAUGGAAAGGAUAAUGCAGGUGCAAAGUAGACUAAAAAUGUACCAUAGUAGCAAUAUACAAUAUAACAUAUAUGUAAUAUUUACAUAUUAUAUGUUAUGAUCCGCUGCCCGGAUCAUAUUUCUGUUUACAUUUUCUAGUCACUUGUGUUUUUCUGUUAGUCUUGAUCUCUUUCUAGUUCCUGUUUAAGCACCUCUGAGUUUGGUUACCAUAGUAACUAAUUACGUUCACCUGCCGCUGGGGUUCCCGACACGCACCUGUUGGUCGUCAUUGACAUUAUUAUUUAAAGCCUGCCUUCUCAGUCAGUCGGUCUUGCAUCGUAGUUUGUUUUCACACAACAGUUGACGACUUUUGUUCCUGUUCUGUAACCUUCUAGCUUCCACGCUAAAGGCUCUGUUUAGUGUUUACCUUCUAGCUCCCACGCUAGCUCCUUUUGCUUCUGCUUUAAGUGCUAUGAGCACGUUUUUGU